AUGUCGGUCUUCAAGCUGGGUGACCAUGUGUGGCUGAACCCCUACUCUGCCAACAAAACCAGUGUUGCCAUUGGGGGCAUCAUCAAAGAAAUGAAGCCUGGCAAGAUCUUGGUUGAAGAUGAUGAGGGCAAGGAACACUGGAUCCAAACAAAGGACCUUGGCACCCUCAGCCCCAUGCACCCCAACUCGGCCCAGGGUGUGGAUGACAUGAUCCGCCUGGGCGACUUGAACGAGGCAGGCAUGGUGCACAACCUCCUUAUUCGCUACCAACGACACAAGAUCUACACAUACACAGGCUCCAUCCUGGUGGCCAUGAACCCGUUCCAGGUGCUGCCCCUCUAUACCCUGGAGCAGGUGCAGCUGUACUACAGCCGCCAUGUGGGUGAGCUGCCUCCGCACAUCUUUGCCAUUGCCAACAACUGCUACUUCAACAUUAAGAAAAACAAGAAGGACCAGUGCUGUAUAAUCAGCGGCGAGUCUGGGGCAGGAAAGACAGAGACCACCAAGCUCAUCCUUCAAUUCCUGGCCACCAUCAGCGGCCAGCAUUCAUGGAUAGAGCAGCAGGUCCUGGAGGCCAACCCCAUCCUGGAAGCCUUCGGAAAUGCCAAGACGAUCAGAAACGACAACUCUAGCCGCUUCGGGAAGUAUGUCGACAUCUACUUUAACGCCAGCGGGGCGAUCGAGGGUGCACGCAUCAAGCAGUUUCUCCUGGAGAAGUCCCGGGUCUGCCGGCAGGCCCCGGAGGAGCGGAACUUCCACAUUUUCUAUUGCAUGCUCCUUGGAAUGAGCGUCGAGGAGAAGGAGCUGCUGGGCCUGAGGACGCCCUCCGAGUACCACUACCUGACCACCGGGAACUGCACCUCCUGCGAGGGGCUCAAUGAUGCCAAGGACUACGCCCAUGUGCGCUCGGCCUUGAAAAUCCUCAUGUUCUCCGACGCUGAGAACUGGGACCUCAGCAAGCUGCUGGCAGCCAUUCUCCAUCUGGGGAAUGUGGAGUUUAUGGCUGCGGUCUUCGAGAACCUGGAUUCCUCCGAUGUGAUGGAGACGCCUGCCUUUCCCACUGUGAUGAAAUUAUUGGAGGUAAAGCACCAGGCACUCCAGGACUGUCUGAUCAAGCACUCCAUCAUCAUCCGUGGGGAGUUUGUCAGCAGGCCUCUGAACAUCGCCCAGGCUACAGACCGGAGGGAUGCCUUCGUCAAGGGCAUCUAUGGGCACCUCUUCCUAUGGAUUGUCAAGAAGAUCAAUGCUGCGAUUUUCACUCCACCUGCCCAGGACCCUAAAAAUGUGCGAAGGGCCAUUGGCCUCCUUGACAUAUUUGGCUUUGAAAAUUUCCAGAACAAUAGCUUUGAGCAGCUCUGCAUCAACUUCGCCAAUGAGCACUUGCAGCAGUUCUUUGUGCAGCAUGUGUUCACAAUGGAGCAAGAGGAGUACCACUCUGAGAGCAUCGCCUGGGAUUUCAUUCACUACACAGACAAUCGGCCUAUACUGGAUCUGCUAGCCCUCAAGCCCAUGAGCAUCAUCUCCCUCCUGGAUGAAGAGAGCCGCUUCCCACAGGGGACAGAUAUCACGAUGGUGCAAAAACUGAACAGUGUCCAUGCCAACAACAAGGCCUUCCUGCAGCCCAAAAACAUCCACGAUGCCAGAUUUGGCAUUGCCCACUUUGCUGGUGAGGUGUACUACCAGGCAGAAGGCUUCUUGGAGAAGAAUCGAGAUGUGCUGAGCACAGAUAUCCUCACUCUGGUCCACUCCUCUCAAAACAAGUUCUUGAAGGAGAUCUUUAAGUUGGAGUCAGCAGACACUAAGCUGGGCCAUGGAACCAUCCUCCGGGGGAAGGCGGGAAGCCAGUUCUUCAAGUCUGCAGACUCCGGCAGGCAACCUGCCACCUUAGCAGGCCAGUUCAAGCAGUCCUUGGACCAGCUGAUGAAAAUCCUGACCAACUGCCAGCCCUACUUUAUCCGCUGCUUCAAACCCAAUGAGUACAAGAAGCCGCUGCUCUUCGACCGCGAGCUGUGCCUGCGGCAGCUGCGCUACUCCGGCAUGAUGGAGACCGUGCAUAUCCGCAAGGCGGGCUUCCCCCUCCGCUACACCUUCGAGCAGUUCUCGCUGAGGUUCGGCGUUCUGCUACCCAGCGCCAUCCGCCUACAGCUUCGGGACAAGUUUCAACAGAUGACCCUGUGCAUUGCAGAAAUGUGGCUGGGGACAAACAAAGACUGGAAAGUGGGAAAGACCAAAAUUUUCCUGAAGGAUAACCAUGACACUCUGCUGGAGGUACAGAGGAGCCAGGCCCUGGAAAAAGCAGCAAUUAGCAUCCAGAGAGUCCUGCGAGGCUACAAAUACAGGAAGGAGUUCCUGAGGCAGCGGCGGGCAGCAGUGACCCUUCAGGCUGCGUGGAGAGGCUAUUGCAACAGAAGGAACUUCAAGCUGAUCCUUUUGGGUUUUGAGCGCCUGCAGGCCAUCACCCGGAGCUACCUGCUGGCGAGGCAGUACCAGGCCAUGCGGCAGAGAAUGAUCCAGCUGCAAGCCCUCUGCAGGGGCUACCUGGUGCGCCUGCAAAUCCAGGCCAAGAGGAGGGCAGUGGUCAUCAUCCAAGCCCAUGCCAGGGGCAUGGCUGCCCGGCGAAACUUCCAGCGGCAGAAAGCUAAUAUAGGCGGCCACCGCUCCCAUGAACAGGGGCUGCUGGUCAUCCCCACUGAAGAGCAGAAGGGCCAAAGUGCCCUCCACACCAGAAAGCGGAAGUCAAUCUACGACACCAUCACUGACACAGAGAUGGUAGAGCAAGUAUUUGGCUUCCUCCCAUCCAUGAUCGGCGGGCAGGAGGGCCAGGCACCACCACGCUUCGAGGAUCUAGAAACGAAGACUCAGAAGCUGCCUGAGGUUGACCUGGACACAGUCCCCAUGGUGGAGGAGCCCAAGGAGGAUGUGGAUGGCCUGGCUGAGUACACCUUCCCCAAGUUUGCUGCAACCUACUUUCAGAAAUCAGCCAGCCACACGCAUAUUCGGAGGCUUCUCCCAUACCCACUGCUCUACCAUGAGGACGAUGCCGACUGCUCGGCCGCCUUGGCUGUGUGGAGCAUCAUCCUGAGGUUCAUGGGUGACCUUCCGGAGCCAGUACUCUUUGCCAGGAAUAACCUGUGUGGUAGCUCAGUGAUGCAGAAGAUCCAUGACACUGUGGGCAGCAAGAGCAGCACCCAAUCUCCAAAGCACAGUGUAUCUGCACAGGUGGCCAGCCAGCUGAGUGUUGGAGAGGAGGCAUUUGAGCCUGAUGACUCCAUCUCAGACCGACCCAUGUCCAACCUGGAGAAGGUGCACUUCAUUGUGAUCUAUGCCAUCCUACGGCCCAGCCUCAGGGAUGAAAUUUACUGCCAGAUCUGCAAGCAGCUGUCAGAGAACUUCAAAAUGAGCAGCUUGGCCCGGGGCUGGAUCUUGCUCAGCCUCUGCCUGGGCUGCUUCCCACCCUCGGAGAGAUUCAUGAAGUAUCUGCUGAACUUCAUUGGUGAAGGACCAGCUGGCUACGGGCCCUUUUGUGCUGAGCGCCUGAGACGCACCUAUGCCAACGGGGUGCGCACAGAGCCCCCCACCUGGCUGGAGCUGCAGGCUGUCAAGUCUAAGAAGCACAUCCCAAUUCAUGUCAUCUUGGUGACUGGAGAGAGCCUGACUGUCACCAUAGACUCAGCCUCGAUAUCACAGGAAGUCUGCCUGCACAUCGCCCGCAAGCUAGGGCUCACCGAUCACCUGGGCUUUUCCCUCCAGGUUGCUGUGUACGACAAGUUCUGGUCCCUGGGCAGUGGGCGCGACCAUGUGAUGGAUGCCAUAGGCCAGUGCGAGCAGCUGACCCGGGAGAGGGGUGAGAGUGAGCGCCAGUCGCCCUGGCGCCUCUACUUCCGGAAGGAGUUCUUCACCCCCUGGCAUGACUCCAGUGAGGAUGCUGUCAGCACUGAGCUCAUUUACCGCCAAGUCCUCCAUGGAGUCUGGUCCAGCGAGUACAACUUCGAGAAGGAGGAAGAGCUGGUGGAGCUGCUGGCUCAGCACUGCUACGUGCAGCUUGGUGCCUCCGUGGGGAGAGAGGAUAUCCAGCAGCUGCUGCCUAGCUGCAUCCCCUCCAAGCUGUACAGAACCAAGACCCCAAAGGAGUGGGUUAGCCUCGUUUCUGCUGCCCAUGCCAAGGCACUAUACACCCAGAAGCAGGCAACACCUCGGACUGUGCAGGAGCAGGUGGUAGAUGCCGCCCGCCUGCGGUGGCCACUGCUCUUCUCCCGACUCUUUGAAGUCACCACGCUCUCUGGCCCCCGACUGCCCAAGACUCAGCUGAUCUUGGCUGUUAACUGGAAGGGGCUGUACUUCCUGGACCAAAGGGAGAAGAUGCUCUUAGAACUCUCUUUCCCCGAGGUCAUGAGUCUGAUCACCAACAGGGAGGCUCAGGGAGGACAGAGGCUGGUGCUGUCCACGCUGCAUGAAGAGGAGUAUGAGUUUGUGUCCCCUAGCAGUGUGGCCAUCGCCAAGCUGGUGGCCACGUUUCUGGAGGGCUUGAAGGAGAGGUCCGUGUUUGCCAUGGCCCUGCAAGACCGGAAGGCCACAGAUGACGUCACCCUCCUGCCCUUCAAGAAGGGGGACUUGCUGAUCCUGACAAAGAAGCAGGGGCUGUUGACCUCUGAGAAUUGGAUUCAGGGCCAGAAUGACAGGACAGGCAAGACAGGGCUGGUGCUCACCACCUGCCUCUAUGCCAUCCCGACGGUCACCAAGCCCUCGGCACAGCUGCUGAGCUUGCUGGCCAUGUCACCAGAGAAGCGGAAGCUGGCAGCCCAGGAGAGGCGACAGGCAGAGUCACCGCUUGAAGACCAGGCCAUUGAGAAGCUGCAUACCCUGGAGGAAUUCUCCUAUGGUUUCUUUAGGGCCCCAGAAAAGGAGACAGUUAACAGGGCCAUGUUCCCCCUGGCCCGGUCCCGGGGCCACCUGUGGGCACACUCCCCUGAGCCACUGCGGCAGCCUCUGCUCAAGCGUGUCCAUGCCAAUGCCGAGCUGCGGGACGUCGCCUGUCAGAUCUUCAUCGCCAUCCUCAGGUACAUGGGCGACUACCCCUCUAGGCAAGCCUGGACCUCCGUGGAGCUCACCGACCAGAUCUUCUCCUUGGCCCUCCAGGACACAGCCCUGCAGGAUGAGGUCUACUGCCAGAUCCUGAAGCAGCUGACACACAAUACCAAGAGGUAUAGCGAGGAGCGGGGCUGGCAGCUGCUAUGGCUCUGUACUGGUCUCUUCCCACCUGGCAAGGCACUGCUGCCCCAUGCGCAGAAGUUCAUAGACACCAGGAGGAGGAAGCCGCUGGCCCCUGAUUGUAGCCGCCGCAUCCAGAGGGUCCUGAGGACGGGGCCCCGAAAGCAGCCCCCACACCAGCUAGAAGUGGAGGCCACUGAGCAGAACAUCUCCCGAAUCUGCCACAAGAUCUACUUCCCCAACGACACCAGCGAGAUGCUGGAGGUGGGAGCCAACACGCGGGUGCGGGAAGUGUGUGAGAGCAUUGCCACCAGGCUGCAGCUGGCCUCCUGGGAAGGCUGCAGCCUCUUCAUCAAGAUCGCAGACAAGGUCAUCAGUCAAAAGGAGGGAGACUUCUUCUUCGACUCCUUGCGGCAGGUGUCUGACUGGGUGAAGAAAAGCAAGCCCCAGAAAGAAGGUGCCCCCAUGAUGCUCCCCUAUGAGGUGUACUUCAUGAGGAAAUUGUGGCUCAGUGUGGCCCCGGGCAAGGACAUGAAUGCAGACACCAUACUCCAUUACCACCAGGAGCUGCCCAAGUACCUGCGUGGAUUCCACAAGUGUUCAAGAGAGGAUGCUGUCCACCUGGCAGGACUCAUCUUCAAGGCCCAGUUCGACAAUGACCAGUCUCAGCUAGCUAGUAUCCCCAAGAUCCUGAGGGAACUUGUGCCUGAGAAUCUCACCCGCCUAAUGUCCUCGGAGGAAUGGAAAAAGAGCAUCCUUCUGGCCUGUGACAAGCAUAGGGACAAGACAGCAGAGGAGGCCAAAGUGGCCUUCCUAAAGUGGAUCUGCCGGUGGCCCACCUUUGGUUCUGCCUUCUUCGAGGUGAAGCAAACCUCGGAGCCCUCCUACCCAGCCAUCAUCCUCAUCGCCAUCAACCGACACGGGGUUCUGCUCAUCCACCCCAAGACCAAGGAGCUGCUCACUACCUACCCCUUCACCAAGAUUGCUAGCUGGAGCAGUGGCAGCACCUACUUCCACAUGGCGCUGGGGAGCCUGGGCCGGGGCAACCGCUUGCUGUGUGAGACCUCUCUGGGCUACAAGAUGGAUGACCUGCUGACUUCAUAUGUGCAACAGCUCAUGAGCACCGUGAACAAACAGCGGGGUGCCCGGGUCCCAGCCCUGGCUGAUCCCUAG